AUGUUUGACGUGUCUGAAGUACAUGCCUCAAAGCAUGAAAUGAACUCUGACUACCUGGGUCGAUAUCAGUCUUUGACAUUUGAGAUUUCAGUUUCUUCUAUUGGAGAAGGUGCAUCUUUAGAGGCCAAUCACUUGAGCAGGAAGGAGGCAGCCCUGCAGCAAAGGGAGGCUGCUUUGAAAGCUGCAGCACAAACUCAUGAUGGUCGAAAUGUAAAGAUUGCAACCCUUCGAUUAGAAGAAGAGACUUCCAAGGAUGAGGCAGCAUCUGCUUUGGAGCAGCUCCAUGAGGCUGAGUGUGAAAUUAAAUUUCUUCGAACAAUGACACAGAGAAUGAUACUGUCUCAGGAAGAGAUGGAAGAGGUGGUUCUUAAAAGGUGUUGGCUUGCUCGAUAUUGGAAUUUAUGUGUUCAACAUGGUAUUCAUCCAGAGAUUGCUGCAUCAAAGUAUGAGUAUUGGUCAUCUUUAGCGCCCCUUCCUCUUGAAGUUGUUUUGUCUGCCGGUCAGAAAGCUAAAGAGGAAAGCUCAGCAGAGGAAAGGGAUAAAGUUUCACAUGACUUGAAUCAACUACCCGGGGAAGGAAAGAUUGACAGCAUGAUUUUAGUUGAAAAAGGAAUGCGGGAGCUUGCUUCACUAAAGGUAGAGGAUGCUGUAGUGCUUGCAAUGGCUCAACAUCGACGAAUCUCAGAUGAAAUGAAGCUUACAGUGGAUGCUCAAAAUCUUCUAGAAACAUGUGAACUGAGCCAGGAGGAAGCUCAAGAUGUGGCUUUCAAACAGGCAUGGCUUAUGUAUUUCUGGAGGAGAGCAAAAAAUCAUGGAUUGGAACAGGACAUUGCAGAAGAGCGUUUGCAAUCUUGGAUCACCAGCAGUGCUAGAUCACCUACCCCACAUGAUGCAGUUGACGUUGAGCGAGGUUUAAUGGAGCUAAGGAAGUUAGGGAUUGAAAACCAAUUGUGGGAGGAAACUCGCAAAGCAGUUGAUCCAGAUUCCUACAAUUUCAGGAUGACAGCUGAUUCUGACAUGUGAUUUUGCAUCAUAUAAGAUGAGUUAAUUGUCAUUUGCAUCCCAUUUACUCACCGGUUGAGUGCUCUUUGAAGGCCCUAGUGUAUCUAGUUUUGGAACCAGAUCCUCUCCCACGCUGAAGAGAGCCUAGCACACAUCCAACAGUUGGGAGCUCCUUGGAGUGUGUGCCGAGACGCUGGGAUGCAUGUUUGGAUGUUUCCAUUGAUAUGUGCUGGACACAUCCUCAUAUUGGAGAGGAUCCGAAUCCAUCUGUUUUCUUUUUUUUUUUUUUUG